GGUUCACUUCCUGUUUGCGUGCUUCCUGCAGAGAAGCUGCAGCAGGAGGUCAGAGCAGCAGCAGCAGCUCUCUGUGCACCUGGACGGAGAUGUGGCGCACGGCGCUGCCCCUGCUGGUCGGAUUGAGUCCUGCAGUUGUGUUUCUGCUGCAGCUUCCGGACUACACCGCCACGCAGGAAGGACCCUGGCAGGACUACAAACAUGGCCGCCAAGGCCUCGACUCUCCGGGCAAAAAGCCUUUCUGCUCCUGGAAGUGUCUGCUGUUCACCUUGCAGUGGCCCGGAGCCUUCUGUCAGUCUUUGGACAAAGAGACUCUCUGCAAGAUUCCUCCGAGUAUCAACAACUGGACGAUCCACGGUCUUUGGCCUCAGAAGGUGGGGCGCUGCUGUAGCUGCUGGCCCAUGUUUCAGUCCGACGUUCAGGAACUGGACCCUGAGCUGAAUCAACACUGGCCGUCGCUGCUAAAGACUCAACCCAGCUUCCACUUCUGGAAACAGGAGUGGGAGAAACACGGAGUGUGUGCGGCGUGUGUGGAAGGAAUGAACUCACCACUCAGAUACUUUCAGAUCAGCCUCAAGCUACGAGGACAGUUUGACAUCCAGAGGCUUCUGCAGGAAGCUGGAAUCAAUCCGUCCUGUGAGCGUCCUUAUAAGCUGGAGGAGGUUCAUCCGGUUUUGGCUCCACAUCUGGGAGACAAACAUGAGGUCCAGUGUGUCACAGGCGACCAGGGCAGAGAGGUGUGGUUCCAGGUGAAGAUCCCGAUCUCUCGCAACCUGACCGUCGGAUGCGGUCACCGCGGCGACGGGGACCCGGAGGCCCGGGACUCCUUCCAGGGGCACCCCUGCCCCCCCCAGGUCCCGUUCUACUACCUGCCCAUCGACCACCAGGACCCGCGGCGGCCCUGCGGCUGACGCCCAUUGGUGCAGCUCGUCACGUGACCAAUAAACACAAUCCAAGGCUU